AGUUGCAUCCAGAAUGUUUCUUUUGGAGACAUAACCUUUCUUCUUAAACUUGACACUGAAGUUUUCAAAUAUUGAAGCUUAUAACUCAGAACGCCCAAGUUAGCAGAAGAUUCCUUUUGAUAUCACCUAUACCAAAGAAGGCUACUAUGGUGACCUCAGUCAAAACUCUGUUGAUUUCAAUUUUUCUUAGUUCACUACUAUUUGGAAGGCAUGGGAAAGGAGAUACAGAAAGAAACACAACACAAAAUAUAACAGAAGGUUCCAUAACAGAAAAGGAACUUGGUCCUCUGGCAUAUGGAAAUGAAGACCCCAAAGCAAAUAAUUUCUCUGUUUUGGAUCCUUCAAAUGAAACCCGUGAAACAACAGAGAUCUUAGAUAAUUUUUCAGCAGACUUUUCUGGGACUUUGAGACCCACAUCCACAUUUUCUACAAGCUCUCCUUUGACUAAUGACUCUGCAACUAAAUAUGAUGUGAACUCAUCUGUAGCAGAUGGAAAUCCUUGGCCAGUCUCAGCACGUCCCAAUGUUACAUCUGUUGUAUCUUCAGAAAAUUUCACUUCUUUGGUCAAUAAAACCAUGAAAACUGACAACAGUUCCAUUUCAGUUAGCAUCCUCCCUCCAACAUCAAACACCAUGUCCGUGACCCCCAAGACAAUACAACCAGAUGGAUGGCUUACUACAACUGCUGACAGCACAGUGGGGUUCACUCCCUCUCAAGAAACCACGACUCUGCAGCCCACCUUGAAAUUCACCAAUAAUUCAAAAAUUGUUCCAAAUACAGCAGACCCCCAAGAAGAGAACAGAAAUACAGGAGUAGUAUUUGGGGCCAUUUUAGGUGCUAUUUUGGGUGCUUCAUUGCUCAGUCUUGUUGGCUACCUGUUGUGUGGCAAAAGGAAAACAGAUUCAUUUUCCCAUCGACGACUUUAUGACGACAGAAAUGAGCCAGUCCUGCGAUUAGACAAUGCACCAGAUCCCUAUGAUGUAAGUUUUGGGAAUUCCAGCUAUUACAACCCAACCGCAAAUGAUCCAUCCAUGCCAUCAGGACAAGAAAAUGCACAUGAUGGUAUCCCCAUGGACGACAUACCUUCACUUCGUACCUCAGUAUAAAACUAAGGAGGAAAGGCCUCAGAUGGAAAGUGUGCACCUACAUCCUGGCCCUUUCACAAACCUGUCUUCCAAAAGCUAAUG